AUGGACCUGGGGUACUUUGCUCUCGCCUUCCCGCCAGGGCUGUGCCGAGGUGCCCCGCAGGCCCCGUUCCCCCAACGAGGGGACGACGCCUUCCUGGCGCUGGGCACCACGGCCAGCGCCGCGUCCCCCCCGCAGGCGCUGGGGUACGCGGCCGCUGCCCUCGCUGCGCCGGGCCCCGGCCACCGGCCGCCCCGGGGAGCCGGACCGCCGGGCUCCGCUACGUCCAUCCUUCCCGGGAGCGGCCGCUCGCCGCCGCCGGACCCCGAGCGCCCCUGCUGCUGCCUGGGCGCGGGCGGCGGGGGGCUGCGGCAGCUCUCGCCCUGCCCCGGGGCCGCCCCCGCGCCCGGCUGCCCGGCUCCCGCGGCGGCCCCGGCGGCGCCCCGCACCUUCGAGUGGAUGCGAGCGAAGCGGAGCCCGCCCGGGAGAAGCGGUGCGGCGCCGUGCGGGGGGGAACCUCCCGCCUGCUCCGCACGCACCAGCUUCAGCACCCGGCAGCUCACGGAGCUGGAGAAGGAGUUUCACUUCAGCCGGUACCUGUCGCGGGCCCGCCGCCUCGAGGUGGCCCGCUCGCUGCGCCUCCGCGACGCCCAGGUGAAGGUCUGGUUCCAGAACCGCCGCAUGAAGCAGAAGAAGCGGGAGCGGGAGGCGCUGGCCGCCCCCGCCGCCGCGCCCGCGGGUGUCCCGGGCGGCCCCGCCUGA